CCCCGCCCCCCCCCCGCCGUAGGGCCGAAGGAAACAAAAGUCUGGGCUGGUUGCAGUUUCUCCCCCCCCCACCCCACACCACCACCCCCCCAUGGAAGAGCCCGUGACCCACGGCGGAUCCCACGCAGCCCCAUGGCUACCCAGCAGCCUGCAGAGUAGCUGAAGCGGGAGGUAGCCAAUGUCGUCCAGCAAAGGGGCGGGGGCUGGAUCUCGCCGGCGCCGGACGCGCUGCCGUAAGUGCAAGGCCUGCCAGCGGACCGAGUGCGGCGAGUGCCACUUCUGCAAGGACAUGAAGAAGUUCGGAGGCCCGGGGCGCAUGAAGCAGUCCUGCCUCCAGAGGCAAUGCACGGCGCCCGUCCUGCCGCACACGGCCGUGUGCCUGCUCUGCGGCGAGGCCGGGAAGGAGGACACGGUGGAGGGGGAGGAGGAGAAGUUCAACCUGUCGCUCAUGGAGUGCUCCAUCUGCAACGAGAUCGUCCACCCCGCCUGCCUCCAGAUGGGGAAGGCGGAAGCUGUGAUUAACAAUGAGAUUCCCAACUGCUGGGAGUGCCCCAAAUGCAAACGAGAAGGGAAAUCCACCAAGGACUCGGGCGGCGACGGGGCCGGGAAGCGCCGGGCGGACAACGGCGAGGACGGGGUGCGCUGGAAGCUGACGGACGAACUGGCCCAGCACAAGAAGAAGCUGCUGCCGGCCCCGCCCCCCGCGGACGAGCCCCCCGCCAGCGCCCACAAGCGCAAGAAGGAGAAGGAGCUGCCGCCCCCCGACACGGGGCCCAAGAAGAAGUUGAAAGGCGGGCGGGAAAAACACUUGAAGAAGGCCUCCGAGCAGCCGUCGGAGGGGAACAAGGGGCAGCCGCUGCCGAGCUGGGGCCGUGUGGGGAGCGGCGACUUGGAGGUGAAAGGGUCCAUCUCCCACUCGACCAUCCACCUGAGCCAGAUCGGCCCCAGCGACCUGGAGAAAACCAAGGCACCUCAGGGACCGCUGGAGCCUUCUGCCCAGUCGGACAAGUCUCACCAGCGGGAGAAGCUGGAGCGCUUCAAGCAGAUGUGCCAGAUGUUGGAGCGGGUGAAGAACAGCAGCAGCUCCAGCUCCAGCUCCGACUCGGACUCGGACACGGACUCGCGGGGCUCGGAGGGCUCCAGCGGGGGUGGGGGCUCCAGCCGGGCCGCCUCGCCCGCCUCCCGGGCCCAGCGCCUGGCCGCCCUCGGCUUCAGCGCCAGCGAGGAGGAGGACGAGGAGGACGAGGAGGAGGAGGAAGGCCGCAACGGGGGCUCGGAGGCGGCCCGCAACGGCAAGCAGCCCAAGGGGCCGCGGGCGAACUGUCAGGAGAAGGAGAACCACCACCGGGCCGCCAGCAGGGGGAGCGAGCGAGCCAAGCAGCAGGCCGGGGGCCGGAAGGGGGGCCGGCCGGCCGGGCAGACGGGCCUGCACAUGGUGGCCCGGACUCAGUUCCUCCAGUGGCCCCUGGUGCCCUCGCCCCCCAAGCCCCUGCUGCAGCUGGAGCGGCACGUGGUGCGCCCGCCCCCCGACAGCCCCGAGCCGGACUCGCUGCCCCUGGACAGCGGCUCGGACCACGUCAUGCAGCGUGACGUCUGGCUGGCCGUCUUCCAGCACCUCAGCUACCGCGAGCUCUGCGUCUGCAUGCGGGUGUGUCGGACCUGGAGCCGAUGGUGCUGUGAUAAGCGCCUCUGGACCCGCAUCGACCUGAGCCGCCGGAAAUCGAUCACCCCGUCUAUGCUGAGCGGCAUCAUCCGCCGGCAGCCGGCCAGCCUCGACCUCAGCUGGACCAACAUCUCCAAGAAGCAGCUCAUGUGGCUCAUCAAUAGGCUACAGGGCCUGCGGGAGCUGGUCCUUACAGGCUGCUCAUGGUGCUCCGUCUCGGCGCUGAGCACCGCCAGCUUCCCCUCGCUGCGGCUGCUCGACCUGCGCUGGAUCGAGGACGUCAAGGACUCGCACCUCCGGGAGCUGCUGCUGCCACCCACAGACAGCAAGCCAGGUCAGACCGAGAGCCGGGGCCGGCUGCAGAACGUCUCCGAGCUGCGUCUGUCGGGGCUGGACAUCACCGACUCCUCGCUGCGCCUCGUCGUCCGCCACACGCCCCAGCUCGCCAAGCUGGACCUGAGCCACUGCAACCACGUGGGUGACCAGUCCGUCAACCUGCUGACCGCUGCUAACUCGCCCCUCCGCGACAGCCUCGCCGAGAUCAACCUCUCCGGGUGUAACCGCCUGACGGACCAGUGUCUGCCUCUCUUCCGACGCUGCCCGCGCCUCUCCCGCGUCGAUCUGCGCUCCUGCCGCCACGUCACCCCCGAGGGCUGCGCCCGCUUCUGCGAGGACUCGGGGCCCCCGGCCCCCCCGCCUGCCGGGCCGCCCUUCCGCUGCCCCGAGGAGAAAUUGCUGAUCAAAGACAGCUAAUAGCCGGGCGGGGCCAGGCUGUGCCAGAGACUUGAAGAGACCUUUUACUAAAGCCAUGCACUGAAUCAUGGGGGUCCGGGGGCCUUCCGGGGCUGGGGGCGGCCAGGGGGGGACCGGGGAGAGGACCCGCUCCCCACCCAUCUCUGAUUUGGGAGGGGAUCCCAUUUGGGGGUGUCUGGGGGGGGCUCAUUGGAGUUGGUACUGCCCCCCGGGGGGGUGGAAGCAAGGAUGCCGGGGGGGGGAAUGCACUGGUACUGGUGGGCACAUCCCCUCCCCCUUUAAAAAAUCUCCCCCCCCCCCCCAGCUCCUCAGCGUGCUGCCUUUGGAAUUGGUUGUGUCCGUUGCCAAGUGUGUGGCUACUGGAUCUGGCCCCCCCCUCACCACCGCACCCCCUCUGUGGGGGGGCUGUAGCACUGAUGGUUUAUCCCCACCCCCACACACUCCCACUCACUCCCUGGGGGGCAGCCCCGCCCCUGCCCGAUGCCCCGCCCCCCUCGGAUCGACCAGCUUUAAAUAACCACUUGUGGGGGCAGUGUCUGGAUUUCCUCCCCGGGGCGGGGGGCCCUCCUAAUGCCCCUCCCCCUUCAGCUGCGGGGGAGGGGGCUCGGAUCCCCCUCCCCGGGCCCCCAAACUUGAACCUCCUUUUCCGAAACGGUUCCGCUUCCCCCCGGCUCCUCCCACUGGGGGGAAGGGGGCGUGGCUUUGCCCGGCAGGGCAGCGGUUCUACCUGUGGAUCAGGGGAGGGGGUGGGGGGCGCCCUGGUCCGUGCCCCAAGGAGAGGGGGGUCUGGCCCUUUGGUUUGUGGGGUGUGGUGGGACGGCCUGGCAGUGGGGAGACCCCCGGUCCCCGAUUUGGGCAGCGGGGGGAGGGGGGCGGUGGCAUCCUCUCUCCGUGGGGCGGCCGUCCCGCUGCGCAGCUGGGAGGUUGGGGGGCAGGGCGGGGCAGGCGACCUUCCUUUUGAUACUUGAAACCCCCCCGCGCCCCGGCUAACGCGUUACUUGAAUCGUAGCUGUAGGUUCUGCCGCCGGAGGCGAAAGACGCAAAGAAAAAGGUAUUUCCCUCCCCUCCCCCCGUUUUUGUUUCUGUUCAGUGUUUAAAGGCCAAGGAAAUGUCGGGGGGUCGUCCCCCCAAUCCCCUGGGGCACCCCCUCCCGGGGGGGCGGCGAUCUGUCGGUGC